AUGUCUGACUCCUUAAUCACAGUCAGUGUUACAUUUUCUCGGAUACGCAUCAGCUCGUUGAUCGAAAGUGUCGUCUUUCAGGAAUCUACACUCUACGAUGGAGCAACUGCACCAUGCCGGUUGAAUAUCGUCAUUAUUGGAGCCGGAAUUUCUGGUCUUUGCGCUGCGCUUUGUUUGGCCAAAGCCGGUCAUACUAUCACCGUACUAGAAGGUAGAUCUGAUCUUCAAGAGAUUGGUGCAGGAAUCCAGGUCGGUCCCAAUACAUCGCGCCUUCUCAUUCGAUGGGGUCUCAAACCGUCCCUCGACAACGCUGGAGUGUUACCUACGCAUAUGUCUUUUCUUCGCUAUGACAAUGGCAAGCAACUAGCUUAUUAUCCUUAUCAAGAAUUCGGCAGCCCGUGCUAUGAUAUACACAGACGCGAUGUUGUUAAUAUGCUUCACGAAGCUACCGCCCCUCUCGCGACCCUUCGCUUCAAUACCAAGGUGGCGUCUGUUAACCCCGACACAACUUCUGUUACCCUGAACACGGGACAAGUUAUCCAAGCGGACAUGAUCAUCGGAGCUGAUGGCGUUAAUAGCCUAACGCGAAACGUCGUGGUGGGCUCGCCUACCCAUGCUGUACGAAGCGGAGACGCAGCUUUCCGGUCUGUCGUCGAUGUAGAUAGGAUGAUGCUCGAUCCAGACCUUCGUCCUUUCGUUGAAAAGCCACAGCUUAAUGUCUGGCUAGGACCCGAACGCCACCUGGUCAUGUAUUCCAUUGGCCUGAACGAAUGCAAUGUUGUUUUAUUGCAUCCGGACGAAACAGAGGAGACCGCCAUUCCGUGGACUCGACCAGGGGAUAUCGAAAAGAUGAAGAAAGAGUUUGCUGAUUGGGACCCUCGAAUCGGCAAACUAAUAGAUCUCAUACCAUCUGGCAUUGUAGGAUCUCUCAAAGUUCUCGAGUCCCCGCUCAAAUCCUGGGUACACAAGAACGGUCGUAUUGCUCUUGUCGGAGAUGCCUGUCAUCCAAUGCUGCCAUACCGAGCCCAAGCAGCGUCUAUGGCCAUCGAAGACGCGGCUGUCCUCGGCAACCUCUUCGUCCGCCUUACGAGCAAGGAUCAAAUACCCACUCUCUUGGAAGCAUAUGAAUCUCUCCGGAAUCCUCGUGCCAUGGCCACAGCUGAUGGUUGCUGGGAGGAUAAGAGUAGUUUACAUCUCCCUGAUGGACCUGAACAACGUGCGAGGGAUGAAGCGUUGAAGGUCACCAUGGCUGGCAAGCGUAGCAGCGUGGGCCAGGAUAGUGAAGCACAGUACGAUUAUGAUGUCGAAGUAAUAGUUAACGACUGGUGGAAAUCGCGCGGUUGAUAGAUGGGCCUAAUAAUAUAGAUCCCAAUUUGACGGUGUCAUCGUG